AUGGGUAAUGUUGGGAAGAAGUAUUUGCUCAGCUGGAAGGAGCAGUCAGAAGACUCAGAUACUUCAUUGUCUCAGUAUGAAUCAAGUGGUUCAACUUCUGCACUAGCAGCUGACCAUGAGUAUGUGGAAAUGCCUGUAGCCAAACACAGGGAAAAGAUCCUGUCUCUUAUCCAAAACAACUCCGUUGUGAUUGUAGAAGGAUGUACUGGCAGUGGGAAGAGCACACAGAUUCCACAGUAUGUUCUGGAUUCCUGCAUGCAGCAAUCCAUCUACUGCAACAUUGCUGUGACCCAGCCCCGCAGGAUCAGUGCCAGCAGCCUGGCCAGGUGGAUCAGCAGGGAACGCUCCUGGACACUGGGUGGAUUUGUAGGAUACCAGGUGAGUUUAGAGAGAGUUUGCACCAAGGAGACAAGGCUGAUGUACAUGACAACUGGAGUUCUUCUUCAGAAAAUAGUUUCUGCCAAAAGCCUAACUGAGUUCACCCACAUUUUCAUUGAUGAGGUGCAUGAACGAACAGAAGAAAUGGAUUUCUUGCUCUUGGUGACUCGUAAACUGUUACAUACCAAUUCCCAGUCUGUAAAGGUAAUACUGAUGUCUGCUUCCAUCAACUGUAAAGAGUUUGCUGAUUACUUCACACUUCCAACUCCUAUGGGUCUGAAUCCAGCCUGUGUUUUCAAGGUGGAAGGCAAACCUUUUCCAAUUGAAGAGUAUUACCUUGAUGAUUUGAAGGGCAUCGUUGGUUUCACGCUUCCUUCUCAAAGCUUUGAGCAACCAGUGAUAGAAGAGAAGCUGUAUGAAGUGGCAGUGUCUUUGAUUCAGUUGUUUGAUGACUUCGAGAUGAAGAGCAGUAGGGAGAAAACCAGCCUGAGUGACACACCAGAACAUGGCAGUGUGCUGGUGUUUUUGCCAGGUCUGAAUGACAUAAAAUGUAUGUACACUCAUCUCUCAGAUAAGUUUAAAAGGUGGCAAGUGUACCCACUUCACUCCUGUGUGACAUUAGAGGAGCAAAAUAGAGUGUUUUCAGCAACACUUCCUGGCUACAGAAAAGUGAUUCUGGCUACCAACAUAGCUGAGAGCUCUGUAACAGUUCCUGAUGUCAAGUAUGUGAUAGAUUUCUGCUUGGUCAGAAAUUUGGUUUGUGAUAAGGAGACUAAUUACCUAAGUUUGAGACUUGGCUGGGCAUCUAAAGUGAGCUGUAACCAAAGAAAAGGUCGUGCUGGACGUGUUUCCAAAGGGUAUUGCUACAGGCUUGUGCACAAGUUCUUCUGGACAAACUUUAUUCCAGAGGAGUCAGAACCUGAAAUACUGUGCUGUCCACUGGGAGCUACAGUCUUACAAAUCAAGAAGCUUGAUAUGGGGGAACCCAAGGCUUUGCUGGCAACAGCUCUUUCUCCACCCAACUUAGGUGACAUUGAACGUACCAUAGUUCAGCUGAAAGAG